AUGACUGUGGUCAACAUCCUGAACCUCACCUUCACACUUGUGCCAAAUAUAGUGGCAUCAUUUGGAGUCCAAUCUUUUCUGGACGAUGUGGGCUGCAAGGUGGUGGUAUACUUCUUCAGAGUUACCCUGGGUCUAUCCAUCUGUUCCACCUCAAUCCUCAGUCCGUUUCAGGCCAUCACCAUCAGCUCCAGCCAUGCCCAGUGUGUGUGGCAUAAAUCUAAGUCUUCAGUGUGGAUUUUCCCUUCUUUCUUGUUCUUCUGGGUUGUCAAUAUGCUCAUCUAUGUCCCAGUCAUUAAGGUUAUGAAAGCCAAAAUCAAUUUCACUCUUGUUGGUUCUGCGUUUUCCAAUGUAUAUUGGCGUACUCCGCAGUUUGAAGACAAUAGAUCAGGGUAUUAUAUCUCUAUCUUAUUAUUUCAAGAUCUUGUGUUUGUAAUCCUCAUGAUCAUCACCAGCCUCUACAUGGUGAGGCUUCUCUGCCAACACCACCAGAUAGCUCAUUACCUACAUAGUUUUAGUCUUGCCACCCAGCCAGCAUCCAAGAGCAAGGCCACCCACACCAUCCUGCUGUUGGUCAGCUGUUUCCUGUGUUUCUAUUGCUUCAACAACAUUACCAACUUCUAUUACUUUUACACAGAAGUGAAAAUCCCUAUCCUGGAGGUGAUGGUUUGUAUUCUAUCAGCAUGUUUUUUUCCUCCUGAAGAACAGUAA